ACAAUAUACGCCACCGACAGCUGUCGUCACGAUCUAAAUAACAACAUCGUUCUAAUAAAUAUUAUUUGAACGUCGUCACAUUUUAACCGUCAUCUUCGCCGUUGUAACACUAUUGUAGUGACAUUGACGGUGACGGCGGUGGAGUAAUGUAUUUAUUUUACGUGUCUGAAAACAGGACGGUCCUUACCAAGUGCUGGCAGCCACGUGGUCGCCGAACAACCAAAAGCUGGCGGUGUGCAACAACGACCGGGUGGUGUUUCUGUUCGACGAAGACGGCGUGAAAAGGGACAAGUUUCCCACUAAGCCCGCCGAGCAUGGGGGGAGCCAAAAAGGUGAUAUGCAAUAAAUUCGGCACGCAGUCUCCGGUGACCUGUAUGCUGUGGAUGUCUGAGGGACCGAUAAUUUACGGGCAAUUAGACGGCAAGAUACGGGCUGCCCACUACAAAUCCAAUAAAUCUCAGACCCUUUAUGCCACUGGUUCGUACGUUGUGUCACUGGCCUCCAACACACGAGGAACAGCGUUUAUAUCUGGCCACGCUGAUGGAUCUAUUGUAAGAUACACCAUCACCGAAGGGUCUACCAUUGAACAACAGGGGCGCGUUGCUGUGCAUCCGGUUCCUCCGUACGCGUUGUCUUGGGCAUCCGGAUACAUAAUCGCCGCAGGAUGUGAUUUUUCGGUACAGUUUUAUGACCAGAACGGACGAUCUAGCAAACAGUUCGACUAUUCUCCGGACUGUGGUUGCCCGGACCAAAAAGAGUUCACCAUAGCCUGCAGCAGUCCCAGUGGACAAGCCGUGAUAGUCGGAAGUUUCAACAGAUUAAGAUUGUACUCAUGGAGUCCAUCGAAAUUAAUAUGGGAAGAAGAAACGGCCAUGCAUGUACCAAAUAUGUAUACAGUUACAGCGUUGGCGUGGAAAAGAGACGGAUCACGCAUCGUUUGUGGCACACUAUGUGGAUGCGUAGAACUCUUUGAAUCGGUUAUAAAGCGAAAUAUAUGGAAAAAUAAAUUUGAAAUGACUUAUGUAGGCCCAAGCCAAGUUCUUGUGAAACCUCUAACUAAUAAUAAAGAAAAUGAAUCAUCAAAUGGAGUCAUACUUAAAUCGCAAUAUGGUCACGAAAUUGAGGAUGUCCGAGUCAUGGGUGAAGAUCGGUAUUUGAUUGGUCGUACUAGGGACACUUUGUUAUUAGGUGAUAUGGAAAGGAAUUUGUUAAGCGAAGUCGUUUGGCCUUAUUCGGAAAGAAACGAGAAAUUCUACUUCGAAAAUCCAAACGUGUGUAUGAUUUUCAACUGCGGCGAAUUAACUCUUGUGGAAUACGGAAAUGACCAGAUACUAGCGACUGUCAGAACCGAGUUUGUAAAUCCUCAUUUGAUCAGUGUACGGUUGAAUGAACGGAAACAAUUCAAUUCCAACGAAGAAAACAAAAAACUCGCUUAUUUGCUGGACUUAAAGACAAUUUGUAUCGUGGACUUAGUUGUGGGAGUGGUUGAUCUGCAGAUUGGACAUGGAUCGAAAAUUGACUGGCUUGAGCUGAAUGAAACUGGACACAAACUACUAUUCCGUGAUAAAAAUGCUACAUUAACACUUUUAGAUGCCCGAACUGGCCACAAGGAAAUAUUAUUGAAUGGAUGCUCUUUUGUACAGUGGGUGAUUGGAAGCGAUGUUGUCGUGGCUCAGGGACGACAAGGGGCUUGCGUCUGGUACAAUAUUGACACGCCCGACCGCGUAACCGUGUUAACGGUGAUCGGCGAUGUAAUGUCCGUUGACAGGAUUUCGGGCAAGACAACGAUACGCUGUCAAGAAGGCGAAAGACAUUACACGUACGAUCUGGACGAACGUCUCGUAGAAUUUGGUACGGCUGUACACGACAGCGACUUCGGACGUGCUAUACUGUACCUUGAAAGUUUGGAGGAUAGCGAUGAUCAUCAGUACGAGGUUGAUGGCAUGUGGCAGAACCUGUCAGAUAUUGGCCUUCAACUAAUGAACUUGCCAGUAGCUGCUAGGUGUUUGGCAGGUGUCGGUGACUACUGCAAAGCGUGGUAUCUGCAAGAAACUUAUAAGUUGGCCGAAAAGUUUGCAAAGGAAAACAACUGCGAUGGGAUGGACUGUCCAGAAGUAUGGGCUCGCAUAGCUGUUUUGAAUGGACAGACACAAGCGGCUGAAGUGUUGUAUCUGGAACAAAAUCAAGUGGAAAAAGCAAUUGAAAUGUAUUUGUCGUUGUACAAAUGGGAAAACGCCAUCAGUUUGGCCGAAUCCAAAAACCGUCCGGACGUCGACGAGUUGAAAUUACGGUAUCAUGCUUGGCUGUUGGAAACGUAUCAGGAAGAAAAGGCAGCAGAAAUUGAGGAGAUAGAAGGGGACAAAAGAACGGCGCUUCAAUUAUAUAUGAAAGCCGGUUUAGUCAGCAAAGCUGCUAGGCUUGUUCAAGAUGAUCCAGAACUUUUGGCCGACGAUACUAUCGUAGAAAAAGUUUUAUCCGGGUUGCUCCGGCUAGAAAAUUACCAGGUGGCUGGAGAACUCUGCCAAUCACAAGGAAAUCAAAGCAAAGCAAUGGAGUUUUACUGCAAAGGAAAUAUAUACACUAAGGCCGUGGAGUUGGCUAGAUUCGUAUCACCGGCAAAUGUAGUUUCUCUGGAAGAAAAAUGGGGGGACUUUUUAGUUUCCCAGAAACAACAAGAUGCGGCUAUUUCUCAUUAUAUUGAGGCUGGAAACACUGUAAAAGCUUUAGAAGCUGCCAUUGGCGCUAAGCAAUGGAAAAAAUCUAUGCAAAUUAUGCAGGUGAUCGAAGACAAAACACUGGUGACCAAGUACGGAGCUCAUUUGGCUGAACAUUUUAAGACCGUCAAUGACUUGAAGACCGCGGAAAAACUUUACAUGGAAUGUGGCAUGCACAAGGAAGCGAUUCAACUGUAUUUGGAAACAGGAAACUGGAAAAAGGCGCACAAACUACUGAAGGAUUACCCGGCUCUGAUGGGCUUGGAAGGUGAACUGGAAGCUUAUGGAAAAAAACUAGAAAACACCGGUCGGAUCAAAGAGGCAGAGAAGCUUUAUUUGGCUCUGGACAAGGUGGAUUUAGCCAUCGACAUGUACAAGAACAUUCAGCGAUAUGACGAGAUGAUGUCUCUGGUGAGCAAGUAUCACAGUGACUUAGUGAGCACCACCCACAUCCAUUUGGCUCACGAGUGCGAGUCUCGGGGCAACUACAGGGCGGCCGAAAACCAUUUCGUCCAGGCCGGAGAGUGGAAACUAGCAGUAAAAAUGUAUCGAUCGUUGGACAUGUGGGAGGAAGCGUACAAAAUUGCAAAAAACAAUGGCGGAGAACAUGCGGCUGAACAAGUAGCGUUUUUGUGGGCUAAAUCAUUAGGUGGAGAUUCAGCGAUCAAGUUACUCAACCGCCUGGGUCUACUAAAUGAAUGUAUCGAUCACGCCUGUGACAGUUAUCAAUUUGAUUUCGCGUUCGAAUUGGCUCGAUCAGGAGAUGCUGAACGUUUGUCUGAGGUCCAUUAUAAAUACGCUCUCGUGCUUGAGGACGAUGGUAAGUUCCAAGAAGCAGAAAAACACUUUAUAGCUGGAAUGAAACCGAAAGAAGCGGUAUUGAUGUACACGCACAACCAGGACUGGGAUAACGCGGAACGCGUGGCCGAACAACACGACAAGAGCGCCGUAUCCGACGUGCUGAUGUCUAGGGCGAAAGUCGAGUUCGAGGCGGCCAACUACCCCCGGUUCGAAGCACUGAUGUUACGUUGCCACAAGCCUGAGCUCAUCAUCAAACAGUACCAGGAAAAGGGGAUGUGGGUGGAAGCAUUAAAAUCGUGUCGAGAAUACUUGCCGGCCAAAUUAGACGAGGUGCAAGCCGAAUACGACAGGGAGUGCGGCGCUCGAGUGUCCAGAGACAUAAACAGUCUGUUCGUGCAAGCUAGUCAGUGGGAGCAAAACGGCGAGUUUAAGACUGCUGUAGACUGUUUGCUAAAGGUCACUUCAGCCAACUGUAAGGACGACCGUAUUAUAUCGAAAACACUCAACGAAGCGACGCGGAUGACAUUAAAAUAUUUAGAUGGCGAAGAGUGUACGGACGCUGCUAAAAAGUUAGGUCCCCGUUUAAUGGAAUGCGAAGAAUACCUGUUGGCCGCUAAAGUGUUCAUGUGUGCGGAUAUGAUGAAAGAAGCUAUUGAUGCGUUCAUCGCGGGUGAUUAUUGGUCGAAAGCCAGACAACUAUCGUCCGAAUUGGAUCCCUCGUUUGAAAGAUAUGUUUUGGAAUGUUAUAAAGAUCAUAUGAAAAGGGAAGGGAAACCAGAACAACUAUUGGCAGACAUGGACGUAGAAGAAGCGUUGGACAUGUUGUCAGCCCAAGGCAAAUGGUCCAAAUGUUUAGAUGUAGCCAGAUCACACGGACAAGUCGUACUUCACAAAUACAUUGCGCUCUACGCCACCGAUUUAAUCAGGGAAGGCAACGCUAUUGAAGCAUUGAAUUUAUAUACGCAGUACGGUGCACCGGCAUUUCCUCAGAAUUUCAAUAUAUACAGGCGCAUAGCAUUAGAUGUGUUCGGUAAACGUGGGAUGGAGAAAGAAGAAAGCUAUGAUAUUUGGGCAAAACUAAGGGAUAUGUUUUUCAAAUUGACGGAGAGCGUCGCUAACCAAACGGAUUCGGACUGCGGAAAAGAAUUCGAAAAGUACACGUUCGUAUGUCAUUUGUACGCGGUGCGGUGUGCGUUCGCUGACAUCUCGUCGCUUGGCACGUUGGUCGUGAAAGUGUUGGUGGCCCUCUUGAGGUACACGGAUAUAAUACCUGCAGACAAAGCAUACUACGAGGCAGGGAUCGCGGCUCGAGAUAGCAAGCGCAACGCGGAGGCGUUUGUGUUCCUGAAUCACUAUCUAGACAUUACGGACGCCAUAACGGACGGGCAAAAUGAGAUGAUCGACGAUGACACGGACUUGCAAGGGGCGGACUUUCCAACUAACGUGCCGCUACCUCAAACGAUGUACGUUGACAACGAAGAACAUGAACAGAUCAAGGAAUGGAUCCUUACGAAUGCCAUGGACCGUGACAUUAGUCAAAGCUUGCCGUUAGACCAAAGAAGUUUAUACCCGUCAAACCUGACCUCUCCGGAUGGCGGUAUGUACCCCGUAUGCAUCAUCUCUGGAUGGCCAGUGAUUGAUUCAAAAAAGAGUUAUUCAGUGACAUUUGAGAAUGGCAGAAUGGCCAACAAAGACGAUUGGACCAAAGUAAUGACCGUAUCGAAAACCGUCCAGUCCAGUGCUGUAAAACAGACAUUGGAGUUCAUCGCCAAAUGGUGCGGUCCUCCAGUACAACAGUAUUCAUUUCACUGAUGGCGUGUUAUUAUAGUGCCGAAUAUAUUAUAAUAUUAUUUAUUUGUAAUUAUACUUAACACUUAACCAAGAAUUAUUCAUUAAUUAAUGGAUAUAAGUCAACAAGAGUUAACAAUUUUCAUAAUUAGAAACUAA